AUGACGCCUUCAGGAACAAUAGAUAGGGUUAUAACUGAUACUAUUGAGAAACAUGAGCAGGAAUUGAGAACUAUCAGCUUGAAGAUACAUAAUAAUCCGGAGCUGGGCAACAAGGAAGAAAAAGCAUCAGAGUUGCUGUGUAAUUAUCUUGAAGUAAACGGAUUCAAGGUGACUCGGGGUGUAGUUGGCCUCAGUACUGCCUUUAUAGCGGAAUUUUCGAAUGGUAAAGAAGGUCGUAAAGUUGGAUUUUGUAGCGAAUAUGAUGCACUUCCUGGUGUUGGACAUGCCUGUGGUCAUAAUUUAAUAGCCAUUGCUGGAGUUGCUUGUGCUUUAGCAUUCAAGAAUCUAUUAGAACAGAAUCUGAUAAAGGGAUCUGUUUAUCUCUUUGGAACACCUGCUGAGGAAACCACGAGUGGCAAAAUUCAGUUUGUCAAAAAGGGAAAGAUAGACGAGAUGAUCAAUUUCUCAAUGAUGCUUCACCCUGGACCAUGGGACAGUGUCUUUACUUCUUUCUUGGCGUUGGAUUCCGCUAAAGUUGAGUUCUUCGGUCGCCAGUCGCAUGCUGGCAUGGCGCCGUGGGAGGGCGUCAAUGCGUUAGACGCUUUGAUGCAGAGUUUCGAUAAUAUAGGCUUAUUGAGACAGCAGACUUUACCAUCAAACAGGAUUCACGGUAUUAUCACUGAUGGAGGAAAAUCUGCAAACGUUAUUCCAGGAUAUGCUUCUGGUGAGUUCUAUAUUCGAUCACUCACACGUCAACAGUUGAACGAGCUUAAGAUCAAGUUCGAACAUUGUUUCGAAGCUGCUGCAAAAGCAACUGGUUGUACUCAUAAAGUUACAUGGGCGCCUUGGGGCCAGAUUGAUGACGUGUUUCAAAAUGAUGUUUUAGGAGAAUCGUUCAAAUCUUAUAUGAGCGAUAAAGGUGUCUCAUACUUAGAUCGUACUGACGAACAGCUUAUAGUUGGUGGAAGUACUGACUUUGGCAAUAUAAGUUACGUUGUACCUGGAUUGCAUCCAAGCUUUAGUAUUGGGACGACUGCAGCAAAUCAUACGGUCGAAUUUGCAAAAGCAGCAGCCACCGAAGAAGCACAUAAAAAUGUACUUCGUGCAGCCAUUUGCCUUGCAAAAACAGCUUCAGAUGUAUUCAUUGACGACGUUAUGUUUGAAAAGAUGGUUACUAACUUUAAAAAGGGCAAAUUGCAGUAA